AUGCUUAUAUUGCAGCCUAAAUAUGGUGGAAUGAUCAUAGACAUUGUUUCAAAAGAUACAAGGACACCUGAACAGCAAUCAGAUGCCCUGCAAGCUGUCAAGAACACUGUAGUUUACAUUGUGGUGAUCGUUGUAGUAGGGUCUUUGUGCACAGCACUUCGGUCAUGGCUUUUUAGUUCUUCCAGCGAACGGGUAGUAGCUCGCCUUAGGAGAGACUUAUUCAGUCAUCUUAUUCAUCAGGAAAUAGCCUUCUUUGAUGUUACUCGAACAGGGGAACUCCUCAGCAGGCUAUCUGAGGACACCCAGGUCAUUAAAAAUGCAGCAACAACCAAUCUUUCUGAGGCACUCUGUAAUCUAACGACAGCCUGUAUUGGUGUUUUCAUGUUUUCAUCAUCUUGGAAAUUAACAUUACUAUCCUUGGCUGUAAUACCUGUUAUUUCUGUUGCUAUACAAAAAUGUGGUCGCUACCUGGAGGAACUUUCACACUCAACACAAGCUGCAGCUGCAGUAGCAGUAUCAAUUGCUGAGGAAUCUUUUGGAGCAAUUCGGACAGUCAGGUCAUUUGCUCAAGAAGGUUUUGCGAUAUCAAACUACUCUGAAAAAGUUGACGAGACACUGAAGCUUGGACUAAAACAAGCUAAAGUAGUCGGUCUAUUCUUUGGAGGAGUAAAUGCUGCAUUCACAUGUUCUGUUAUGGUCGUCGUGACCUAUGGUGCCUACUUGACAAUAAUGGGAUCUAUGACAGUGGGUUCUCUCACAUCCUUCAUCCUUUAUAGCCUCACAGUUGGAUCCGCAGUUUCCUCUUUAUCUGGAUUAUAUUCAACUGCCAUGAAAGCUGCAGGGGCAAGUAGGAGAGUUUUCCAGCUCCUAGAUCGUGUGUCAAUCAUGCCGAUCGGAGAAAAACGCCCAGAAGGAAAUCCUGAUGGAGAUUUAGAGUUGAAAGAUGUCUGGUUUGCAUAUCCUUCUCGACCAAGUCAUAUGAUACUAAAGGGGAUAUCAUUGAAACUAAAGCCUGGUUCCAAAGUUGCCCUUGUUGGACCAAGUGGUGGUGGAAAAACCACAAUUGCGAACGUAAUCGAGAGAUUUUAUGAUCCUUUGAAGGGAGAGAUUUUGUUAAAUGGGGUUCCUUUAGUGGAAAUAUCACAUGAAUACCUUCACAAACAGGUAAGUAUAGUUAGCCAGGAGCCUGUUCUCUUCAAUUGUUCUAUAGAGGAGAACAUUGCCUAUGGGUUCUGUGGGAAAGCGAGCAGUUCAGAAAUAGAAUCUGUAGCUAAAAUGGCUAAUGCUCAUGACUUCAUAGACAAAUUUCCUGAGAAGUAUCAAACAAUGGUCGGAGAACGUGGUUUGAGGCUCUCAGGAGGCCAGAAACAAAGAGUAGCCAUUGCGAGAGCACUAUUGAUGAAUCCGAAAGUUUUGCUGUUGGAUGAAGCCACGAGUGCUCUGGAUGCUGAAAGUGAAUACCUUGUCCAGGAUGCCAUGGAUUCAUUGAUGAGGGGUAGAACUGUUCUGGUCAUAGCACAUAGGCUAUCUACAGUCCAAAGUGCAGACACCGUAGUUGUCAUAUCUGAGGGAGAGAUAGCUGAAAGCGGAACCCAUGAAGAUCUUCUGCGGGAGAAUGAUAUCUACACGGCGCUGGUUAGGAGGCAACUACUAGGUCCAAGCACCAAAGUGUAGUUC